AUGUUCUCACGCAUCUCUCAGAUCACUCGCCAUCUCUCAGUACCCGUCGCAAACAACACCAGACGAUUUGCCCUUGGACGAAUCAUGGCUCCUGUAUCGGCAGAUGAGCGCAACGUGCGCACUAUUUCUACAGCUGCUUGCUUGAUCAUUGGCGAUGAGGUUCUUGGCGGAAAGACGGUUGAUACCAACUCUGCCUAUUUUGCUAAAUUUUGCUUCAAUCUCGGAAUUAUCAGACACGACGACAUCACCUACCAAUCCAUUGCUAAGGCUUUCAACCUACCUCUCAAGCUUCACCAGGAAACCUUUGAAAAGAUGAAGCUUCUGUCAAAGCCUCAUCCCAAUCAACCCAAGUUCGACUGGGAAGUUGACUCACCUGCUAGAAGGGCUAAGCUUCGUAUGGCAGAGCUACCAAUAGACGAGUCUCGGGAUAUCAAGAAGCAGGCACUUUUCCCUCACGAUGAUCUCUGGGUUCCUGUCUCAGUUGUGAAUGGAAACAUCCACAUUCUUCCGGGCAUCCCCAGACUCUUCCAAAGACUUCUCGAGGGACUGAAGCCUCAUAUUCUGCCACGACUUACUGACCCUGAGGGCAAGGGCACGUACAGAGUCCUGUUCUCUACUCCUCUUCCCGAGAGUGGCGUUGCUGAAUACCUCACAACGCUGGCAGCCAAAGUCGAGCCCAAGGGUGUCAAGGUGGGAAGUUAUCCUCGCUGGGGCAAGGACAACAACACUGUGACUCUGGUCGGAAGGGACCUUGACUAUCUCGAGAGCCUCGUCGAUGAAGUAGAAGCCGGUAUUCAGGGCAUGCGAGUUACCGCCGAGAGUGACACGGAAGAAGACCCAAAGGAGAUCAAGAAGCAGGCAACCGCAGACGCUGACAAGGAUACAGCAGAGCAAGCUGCUCGGAAACUUUGA